UCUCGAAAAUAAAAAUCGUCUUUAUCUAAAGCUUUGAAUUAUUGGGAGGUUAAGUUUGAAUUUUAUAAAUUAUAUAAUUUACUGAUGAUAUUUAAUAAAUAAUAACAAAAAUAAUGAAUUCUGUUCCGAUACCUAAAGACACUCAGGACUUUCAAUUCAAACAAUCAGCAGUACUUCCAGUAUGUGAGAGUAUAAAAAAUAUACCAAGUGCGUGCAAUUUAAUUGUCGCUGAUGCUAAGCGCGGGUUGCUGUACACCGCAACUGAUGAUAAAUUGACAAUACGAAAAUCCGAUUCAAACAGCAAUGAUUGGAGACUUGAUCAUAAGCUUCCAUACCCGGUGUCACGUCUGUCAAUGAGCUGCGAUUAUUCUUAUUUGGCAGUGACGUUUAACAGAUCGACGGCCCACAUUUAUAGCGCCAGUUCGCUGGCUAAAAAUUCUCUGGAACUCCUUCAUGAGAUCCAGUUGUCUCAUUCAAGUCAGAACGUAUUCGCUUAUGACUUGAAAUGGAACCCAGCGAUACCGGGAAUGUUCUGUACAGUGGCCAGCGAUCAUUCAAUCGGUAGUUUCCAAGUUAAAAUAGAGCAGAAGACAACAGUUGGUGUUAUAGCGCUAGAAAAAAUUCAAAAUGUCGAAGCUAUGUGUGUUGCUUGGAGUCCAAAAGGUAAGCAAUUAGUCGUAGGAUGUAAAAAUGGUAACAUAAUUCAGUUGAAACCAGAGUUGAAAGUUAUGAGAACUAUUUCUGGACCUUCUCCAAGCAUAGGAGAAAUUAUAACAAUUCUUUGGAUAAGUAAUUAUCAGUUUUGCGCUGCUUAUUAUGAUGGAAACGAACGUCGGGUUAAUGUACUGAUUGUUGAUGCACCAAAAGGUGCUGACGCUAAACCCACGUUUACUUGUUAUGAAGACAUAACAUUCGGAAUGCCAGAUAACGAUGCCGAAUACUUUCCGAGAUAUUAUUUUGAUUAUGUACCUGAAUGGAAUCUAAUAAUAGCAGCUAGCAGUAGCAGCAGUGAAGUAGCUAUUCUAGGAUCACUUAAUAAUGGCACCACCUGGGAGCAGUGGCAACUAAUUGACAGCGGAAGAGCGCAACUUCCAUUUGUGCGUACGUCUGAAUCAUACCCAGUUGGUAUGACAAUUGACAGAUCGUCGACAGUAAUUUUACCAUGGGGUCCAGAGAGUACUUUACCACAUCCAGUUCCAGUCUUACAUUUAUUCGGUACUUCGGGACAAAUAGUCAGCUUUCAUAUGGUCAAUUUACUGCCAAACUGUCCAGCUCUGUGUACACCGCCCUCGGAACCGGUAAAAACUGACCAAAUUAAUACGACAAUAACAUCAGAGAUGACUUUUGUUCCCCAUUCAGUAGCAACAAGCACUCCAAGACCCAAGCAAACUGAGUCGCUUAUAGAGAGACCUAAAGUAGCCAUACCUCCUCCGAAUUUUUUUAGUGAACCUGCAAAGUCUGUCGCAGCUCCAAUCGCGGCACCAGUUAAUCCACAGAUGUCUGCACCACCAGUGGAAUUAAAAAUUCCAAAGCCAAAACCAGUUGAUAAACCUGCAGCUACGCAACAAAUCGAAAGUAAACUUUUAUCUAAACAAGUGCCAGCACCAGCUCCAUCUCCAGCUUCAGCUGCUCCUGCUCCAGUUUCUGCUCCAGCUCCUACUCCAUCAGCAGUUGAAAAAAUAACUUACGAUGACAGUUUAUGCUGGCGCGCAUUUCGUGAAGAGCAGAUUCAUUUUGAAAAAGAAUUACAAACAAUUUUAGAACCUCAAGUAUUUGACAUUGGUACUAAAGAAGAACGAGAAAAAUUAAUUUUACAAUCUGAACAAGUUGAUAAUUUUAUACAAGAAUUAAAUGAAACAACAAACAGUUUGAGUAAUGAAAUUUCUUAUUUGAAUUCACUGUUACUACAAUCAUUUGGUUGGCUAGAAGAAACUAAAUCGAAACAAUCUAGUGGUAAUUUAAUCCGAGAUCAUCAUGAUAAAAGUAAAAUAAAUGAAUUACAACGACGUUUUUCACAUCUACAGUCUCAACUAAUCCAAGCGAUGAAAGUUUUAGACUCACGCUGGGCUGAAAAUGAGCAGCAAGAAAUGGCGAAGUUUAAAAUUCCCGGUCUGGAAUAUAUCUAUCAAUGUUUGACGAGAUACAAUCAACUUAUUCAGAUAAACAAGAAACGUAUCGAUGAACAGACAAAGAAAUGGAAGUCUCUGUCACGUGGAAAUAAAAUUUCAAGUUUGAAUAAAUCUCUUUCCAAACUUAACAUCAGUUCUACUUCUUACGGGGGUAAUACUGAAGAUGAUAUGAUUGAAAUGCGUUGCAAAGCCGUCGCUGAUAAUACAAAAAAUUUUACUUUACAAAAGCAGAAUAAAUUACGUGAUAUUUUGAUGCAAACUGAGCCUCGUGUCAUCAAGAAUAUUAAUCCCUCAAAUGUUCAUGGAAGAUUAGAAGCAACACUUUCAGCUCUUGCACUACAAAGUACUACUCCAAUUACAACUAAGAAAAAAGAUAAAGCCACUCCUGCAGUUGCCACAUCUUCAGCUGUCACUCCUUCAGCUAUAACUUCUGCAGUUGUCACUCCUUCAGCUGUUAAUCCUGGAGUUGUCACUCCUCCAUUUGUUACUACUGCAGCUGGUACUACUGCACUAACAAAAAUAAUAUUUACAUCAACAGGAGCUUCCACUGAGACAAAGUCAUUAAAACCCGCAACUAAACCCCAGAGUCCUCUUGCAUCACUUAAUAGUAUCGUAGCCAACCUUGGAUCCUCUUCAUUGGACACUUCUGUAAAUCAAACUAAAACUUCUCAGCCAUUGAACUUCCCCGCCAGCACAUUUUCAUCAGUAUUUGGAAGCAAUCUUACGAUACCUAGAGUUAAUGACAAAUUAAAUUUAGCUGGUGGACAAACGUUUGUUGUUAAAAAAGUAACCACCCAACAGAACACAACACCUGUGCAGUCGGCACCAGUAGCAGCAACGACAGGGUUUUCAAAACCAAUACCAAUUUCUUUUGGUACACCAGAACCAAAAGCAGAUAAUUCAACUCCGAAAGAAAAUACAAGUAAGCCAGUGAUAACUUUCAAAGCCAAGGAAACACCAACAACUCCUGGCCAACCGCUGUCUUUAUUCACGUCAAAUAUUCUUGAAACUUCGGUGGCUGGGUUGGGAACGCCCAAAGUCAAUCAGCCUGCAACAGCAGGACAAAAUCAGCCGACAAAUCUUGGAACCAGUAUGACAUUGUCAUUGAAAAGUUCUCUUCCAAGUCCUGUGACUACCAGCCAACAAUCGCUCUUCAGUUUUGCCACUCAGCCAUUGACUACGUCGACUUCAAAACCUGUCACUGCGGCAGCACUUUCUGAAUCCAUCCAGACGUUCUCGUUUGCUUCGAAACCAAUGGAUGCACCGACUUUGCCAUCAAUGAGUGAACAAUUUUCCACACCGCCUACUACUCAAUCAUUGGACCUAUCAAAAUUAUCUAGCGGCCUUUCGUUGCCAAAUGUGGUGGCCGAGAAACCCGCGAGUUCAGUGCCCAGUUCGACUUUCUCAUUUGGCCAGCUAUCGAUACCUUCUACGCCGCUUAAUUUUGGAAAAGCUUCUGCUGCAACACCAACUUCAGCUGCUCUUCAGUCAGCUGGUAUCAACGUCAGUUUGCCAGCUGGAACUACUAUUAAAAAACAACCACUUAGCUCUACUAGUCCACCGUCGACUCAAACCUCUUCACUAUUCAAUACCUCACCGUUAUUAUCAUCCAGUAUGUUUGGUGGAACAACAGCCGGGCAAACUUCAACCUCAAUUUUUGGUGGCAAUGCGGCUGCUGUAACAACAUCGCAAUCAGUAUUACAAGAUAAUAAUAAAGUUACUUCGACAACAGCUGAAAAAACUUCCACUGCACAAUUGUCACAGUUAUCAUUUGGAGAAAGUCAAUCAACAUCAACUAAUUUUUCUAAUGCUGUAUCUAAAUUAUUUGGUAAACCAUUAGCACAAGCUACAACUUCAACGACAUCACCAUCAUUUUCUCAACCAGCAGCAGCAACAUCGCCAUCAUUUGCCCAAUCAGCAGCAGCAACUGGAACAGCAUCGCCAUUUGCUCAGCCAACAGCAGCAACUGGAACAACAUUGCCAUCAUUUGCUCAGUCAGCGGCAGCAACUGGAGCAGCAUCCCCAUUUGCUCAAUCACCAGCAGCAGCAACUGGAGCAACAUCACCAUCAUUUGCUCAGUCAGCAGCAGCAACUGGAGCAACAUCACCAUCAUUUGCUCAGUCAGCAGCAGCAACUGGAGCAACAUCACCAUCAUUUGCUCAGUCAGCAGCAGCAACUGGAGCAGCUCCGCCAUCAUUUGCUCAGUCAGCAGCAGCAACUGGAGCAGCACCGCCAUCAUUUGCUCAGUCAGUAGCAGCAAGUGGAACCACAUCACCAUUAUUUGGCCAGUCUGGAGCUACAACUGGUAUAACGUCACCGAUAUUUGGUCAAUCUGGACUAUCAACUCCAGCAAAUCCUGUAAAAAUACCGCCAACAACGACAGCAUCCAGUUUUUUCGGAGCCCCCCAAAACCAAUCAAUCAGUUCACCAUUCAGUGGCUCUGGUACUUCAUCUUUGUCUUCAAUGUUUGGGGCCACGACUGUAAAUUCUGAACCAGCGCCACCAGGUACAGGAAUAGGAUCAGGAAGUUCUAUGUUUGGAGGAGGAACGUCCAAUACAUCAACGCCACUCUUUGGAGCAGCUUCGCCCACAAGUCCCUCGAUAUUCGGCGGAGCCGCUGCGAAACCCGCGGCCCCAGCGUUUGGAGGCGCACCAACAUUCGGAUCACCAACAGCUCCUGCUUUUGGCGGGACCGCAACUUUCGGCUCAAAGCCUGUUUUUGGUGCUCAGUCAUCAGUAUUCGGUGCGUCGAGUCCUUUCGGAGCUGCACCGGCAUUCGGUGCUAGUCCUUUUGGCUCAUCAAUGCCUGUUAAUCCCCAGGAUGGUAAUAUGUCAAUGGGCAAUACUACUUUUGAAACAUUAGCGACCCAAAAUGGAGGACUUUCGUUUAAUAGUUUAGCUCAAAAAAGUCCUACCCAAGACAAGCCAGCAUUUUCCGGCGGAAGUUCUUUUACUAGCUGGCGAUAAUUUCAACAAUUAUUUUUUUUUUAAUUUUUUUCUGUCAAUUUAAAAAUCUUAAUGUUUAAAUUUGUGAGUUUUUUUUUUAAUAAGAUUGUGCUCAUGUAAAUAAAAUAAAGUUAUUUGUAUUUCUUUUUUA